AGUUCUGUCGCGGGUGGAGUCCACCAGGCCCCGCCCAUGGGGCCGCGCGGGCGCAUUGGCUGCACCAGGCGCGGGCGCUCGGUGGCACUUUGAACCGGGUGUCAGGAGGCUGGAACCGGAGUUGUGGUGCUGACCCAGGUCGGGCCAGGUCGCUGCUGCUCUGGCCAUGGCCGAAGCACGGGCAUCUCGCUGGUACUUUGGGGGACUGGCCUCCUGCGGGGCCGCCUGCUGCACGCACCCGCUGGACCUCCUCAAGGUGCACCUACAGACGCAGCAGGAGGUGAAGCUACGCAUGACGGGAAUGGCGCUGCAGGUGAUCCGAACCGACGGCAUCCUGGCGCUCUACAACGGCCUGAGCGCCUCACUGUGUAGGCAGAUGACCUACUCCCUGACUCGGUUCGCCAUCUACGAGACCAUGCGGGACUACAUGACCAAGGACAGCCAGGGGCCUCUCCCCUUCUACAGCAAGGUGUUGCUGGGCGGCAUCAGUGGUUUAACCGGAGGCUUCGUGGGGACCCCAGCAGAUUUGGUCAACGUCAGGAUGCAGAAUGACAUGAAGCUGCCCCUGAACCAGCGGCGCAACUACUCUCAUGCCCUGGAUGGUCUGUACCGUGUGGCCCGUGAAGAAGGCCUGAAGAAGCUCUUCUCCGGAGCAACCAUGGCAUCCAGCCGUGGGGCCCUCGUCACUGUGGGCCAGCUGUCCUGCUAUGACCAGGCCAAGCAGCUGGUCCUCAGCACUGGGUACCUGUCUGACAACAUUUUCACCCACUUCGUCUCCAGCUUCAUUGCGGGCGGGUGUGCCACAUUUCUGUGCCAGCCCCUGGAUGUGCUAAAGACACGCUUGAUGAACUCUAAGGGCGAAUACCAGGGUGUCUUCCACUGUGCCAUGGAGACAGCAAAGCUCGGACCGCAGGCCUUUUUCAAGGGCCUCUUUCCUGCGGGCAUCCGCCUCGUCCCUCACACUGUGCUCACCUUCCUGUUCCUGGAGCAGCUCCGGAAGCACUUUGGCAUCAGGGUGCCAACCUGACAUCACCAGAGAUACCUGGGCCGCGCUCAGUCACUGUGCUGAGCUCCUUGGAAGAGUGGGAGGGGAGGGGACUCCUCUUCCUGGCCUGGGCCCGUGCUGUAUCCCCAGCAGGCUUCUGUUCUCCCACCCUUGGGCUGGCUAGGCCUCCGACCCUGCCUAAACCAGGGUUUAAUUCAGUGGCCUUUGUCCCUUCCUUAGGCCCACUGGGGUGGAACCUCUGCCCUCCUUGCUCGCAGACUCUUCCCCGUACAGGGCUUUUGCCCUGUAUCCACCCCAUGAUUCGUUCAGGAGAAGAAGUCUGGCUCAGGCUGGCAUUGCUGUCCCCGCCUCCCUGGCCGCUCUGCUGCCCUGCCCUGCCUGGCAAGCAGGAGGAAGCUGACCGCUUCCCACUCCCAGCUGGCCCUCUGUACACUGAGCAGAACCUAGUCAGUGUGGCAGGGUACAGACCAUGGCAGUUUAGCACGCAGACACUUUUGUCUUGAGAGGGACCGUCGUGUAGUGUUCUUGAAGGCAGUACCUUCAGGAAAGGGAGCAGCAGUGAGAAUCACCACAGUUGCCAUGACAGUGGAGUCCAGAGAAGGUGCCUGGGGUUCCCUUGGGCACCUGUUACCUGCAGCCUUGGCUGCUUUGAUGGUCAGUUUUGUCGAACCCUCCCACUCAGCAGCUACUACCCUCGUCAGGAACUGGCUGUGUCCCUCGCUGUGCCCUCCCGUGCCUGGGGACUGGGGGGGGGGGUGCUGGCAGAGCUGGAGCCAUGACGGCUUGUAUGUGCCCUCCAGGGAUUUGUCUUCCUAUUAAAUAGCAGUGGUCACCCUCACCAUCCCCAGGCUUCAGCCUGUCUUCCCCCAGAUGGGGUUGGGUGCUCUUUGCCCAUUUCCCCCUCUCAGUCCCUUGGGCAUUGGGUCCUCACCCAGGAGGUGGCAGUGGGCCCAGGGACACCCUUCUUCAGGAUCUAAUAAACCAAGUGGCCUGGGAGACCUUCGUGUCUUCCCUACACGCUCCUCACCUA